CCCAAGCUUAAUGAUCUACCCACAUAUGAGAAUAAUCAGGGGGGGGGGGAAAGAAAUGGGGGUAGACAUACAGACCAAGCUCCGCCUAGCUCUUGGCUCAAUGAAGGAUCAUGCAUCCAUUGGUAAGGCCUUGGUAUACAACCACGACGGAAAACCCUUUUCCGAUAUAGAGAUCGCCGUGCUCCGAGCCACCGGCCAUGAUAACGGUCCCAUUGAGGACAAAUACAUGCACGAAAUCCUCUUCCUCGUCUCCAACUCUCCGGGAUCGGUCCCUUUCCUGGCCGAAAGGAUUUCACGUCGGCUCUGUAAGACCCGAGACUGUCUCGUCGCCCUCAAAACACUCUCGCUCAUCCACCGUCUCUUGCGCGGAGGCAACCGUUGCUUCGAACGAGAGCUGCGUAACUCUCAUGUCUCCGGUCAUCUCCAAAUGAGUGCCACCAAUUGUUUCCGCAACUCCUCGUUUUCGUUCCUACGUAGCUACGCGGCCUAUCUGGAAGAACGAGUGGGAUGGGCCAUUACCCAAGCCGGGAAACUCGAACCGGUUAUGUUCAACGGCUUGGAGUUCGGAUGUUACGAGGAGAAGUCGGUGGACAUGGUGUUCCGUAAGUUGCCGAAAUGUCAAGCGUUUAUGGACAGGGUCUUGGAUUGUUCACCGAUUGAUGUCGUGCCGCCGGCAGACAACUUGGCUCAAGCAGCCAUGGGGAACACCUUAAAAGAGAGCUUCCAAGUUUACAUUAUGUACUGCGAAGUCAUCGAGAUUCUCAUCAACAUGUUCUUCGAUUUGACGACGCCGGCCAGAACUUUGGCCUGCGACAUACUCAAGAGGGCUUCACGACAAAGCAAAGAGCUUGCGGAUCUGUACGAAACGUGCAAACGAGUCAUGGAAAACAAGAAUCUGGAGUAUCCCAGAGUGCAGAUAAUCACCAUGGAUCAUGUUUUGGCAUUGGAACAAUGCUCCAGCUUUAUGUCAACGAGUUCGUCUACGGGUAAACAAAGCGAAAAGGAAGGGGACGAAGAUGAUACUAGUUCGUCGUCCAAUCAAUUCUCAUUCACUCUUGAAACCAAAAUAAGCAAGGUUUGGGUUGUUUUUGACGAAGACGAUGGCGAAUUGCAGGUGCCUGUUGGUAUUGUUUAAUGGCCUUUGUUAACGCCAUUGUAGUUUACAGAAGCCAAAUGAUGAUGACACAAGCAGAUAACAAAAUAGUGUCAGAAGAUUGAUGGUGGAGAAGCUCAACUCCUUGGAUUCUCUGAAUCAAAUGAAGAUGAAUUUUAAAGUUAUCAUCCCCCAACAGAAGGUUAAAUCGUGAAGAUGAUGGAUCCACAGCAACAAAAAAAAAAAAAAACUUAUCAAAGCUUUUGGUAGGUGCUUGCUAGAGAACAAUGUUAUUAAACUUGAUUCGUUACGAGAAUUUCAUUAGAGUGAAAUCGUUGUCAAAUGGUGUGAAUAGUCCUUCUAGUUGUGAUAGAAAGUCAUCUUGUAUGGAAAUUAUCUUACUUUGGUUGCUUCAAGAAAUUCCAAUUUGGAAUACAUCAUAAUUCGAUUCUAUUACAA